UGGCCUCGGGCCGCUCUAGGCCUCCAGGAGGAGUCACGGUCUCGGUGGCCCCCCUCGCUUGUAGCUCUUUCCCCUGGCGCAGGGGGUGGGGUGGGGCCGAGGCACCUUCCUCCGCUCGCCUCCGUCCCAGGACAAAGCCAGGUCCCACCAGGAGGGCCGUAUCGUCACGUCCAGGCCGCACCGGGCUGUUGGGAUUCCGCGCCUGCAGGCUCGCAGGCAGUGGGAUUUCCAGUGACCAAGCCUGAUGUGAUCUCCUGGCUGGAGGGGAAGAACCAUGGGUAAAGGUCAUUCAGGAAGCUAAGGAGAAAGAGAUCCUGAGGAGAUACGUUUGCUCAGACUGUGAAACCAGGAAUUGCCUCCAAAACAGGAAAUUUCUGAUGAGAUGGGGUUCCACUGCUCAAUACUGGAAAGACCUACAAGGGAUACUUCCCAAGGAUCAAAAUUUGAGAAUACAGUGAACAUGAGGGCAUGUCAAAAGAAAACUGUUGGUCUUCUUCAGGGAAGAGAGUGGGAAAAUUACUUUACCAGAAGAGAGGUUUCAGAUCAGUGACAAUGAUCCACCACAUACCUUACACAAGGGUGACCAGCCAGGAACAUAAUGAAUUUGUGAGAAGUGUUGGUUUGGGCUCAAACCCUAUUAGAUAUCUCAGAGUUUCUUCAGGAGUGACAUUGCAGGAAUAUGAUAAAAUAAGUCAAAUAUUCAAACCAAAUUCAGACCCAAUUAAGUAUCAGAAAGACCUUAUGGUAGAGAAAUCCUGUAAAUCUAUUGGAUAUCAGAAAGCAUUCAGGCAAAGCUCUACUCUCAGUGAAGUUCAGGGAAUUCAUGCUGUAGAGGAUACUUGUGAGUAUAACAGUCAGAAGUCUACAACCACUGAUCAUCAGAGAAUUAACUCUACAGAGAAACCCUAUGAGUGCCAUGAAUGUGGUAAACACUAUACCAGAAAAUCUUUGCUUAAUAGACAUAAACAGAUUCACACUGGAGAAAACCUUUAUGAGUGCACUGAAUGUGGGAAAACCUUCAGUCAAAGCUAUAACCUCAUUAGACACCAGAGAAUUCACACAGGAGAGAAACCUUAUGAGUGUAAUGAAUGUGAGAAAGCCUUCAGUGAGAGUUCAAGGCUCAUUAAACACCAGAGAAUUCACACAGGAGAAAAACCCUAUAAAUGUAAUGAAUGUGGGAAAACCUUCAAUGAUCCAUCAAACUUUAUUCAGCACCAAAGAGUACAUACUGGAGAGAAACCCUAUGCAUGUAAUACAUGUGGAAAAACCUUUAGUGAUGCCUCAAAUCUUAUUCAACAUCAAAAAAUUCACACUGGAGAGAAACCCUAUGAAUGUGGUGAAUGUGGAAAAGCUUUCAUUCUGAAUUCAUCCCUCAUUAGACACCAGAGAGUUCACACUGGAGAAAAACCAUAUAAGUGUAAUGAAUGUGGAAAAGCUUUCAGUCAGGGUUCAAGCCUUAAUAAACAUCAGAGAAUACACACAGGUGAAAAACCCUACAAAUGUAAUGAAUGUGGGAAAGCCUUCGUCCAGAGUUCAGGUCUCAUUCGCCACCAGAGAAGUCACACGGGAGAAAAACCAUAUGAGUGUAAUGAAUGUGGGAAAGCCUUCAGCCAGAAUUCAGUCCUCAUUAGACAUCAGCGAAUUCACACAUCAAAAAACAAUGAGUCCACAAAGUGGAAUGGAUUGCCUUGGGAGGCAAAUAAAGGUGGGAAUAGAUGACUUUGGAAUUUGUUCCAACCCUAUGAUCCUGUGAAUAUGGGAAGUUUUCACUAUGAAGGGACACAAUAUUAAACAUUAGAUUUCAUACUAGAGGGAAUACCUGUGAAUGCAGAGGAUGUGAGAAUACCUUCAUUUGCAGAGAAGUUGAGAAAGCCUUCAUUUGCAAAGAACAUGAGAAAGCCUUCAUUUUGAGUUCUUACACAAGAAAACUCACACCGGAGACUAUGAAUAUGUUGUUUAUGGAAAACCAUUCAGUAAACGAAACCUCUUAUUCAGCUUCUUAGAAUUAACACUUGAGGCACUGUGUAAAUAAAAUUAUUGUGUUCAAGUCUUUA